GGUACAAUCGCUUUAAAAUUCAAAACCAGUGUCAGUAAUCUUACACGUUUGCAAAAUUCAGCCUAUCACAGAAGGAUUUUGAUUCUUCCAGCGUGGCAUGAAACGCGGGGAAAAUACCACAUCAUUUCCGAUGACGAACCACUCCGUUUACUGAUCCAGUUUAGCCAUCAUGGACAGACGAACCUCUCUGGCGCUUAUUCUAAGUUCUUUCUUAGGUCUUAGUAAUGGGUUUUUGGGUCUUGGUGGUUCUGAGAGCAAUGCCAAAGUCCAAUUCCACAAAGGAAGCCAAUUUGGCUUUGAAAAAGACCCUAACGUUUACGCGCAUUUCGUAAUCCCUCCGUGGAACAGACCAUUCAAACCAGGAUAUUGUCUCAGUUGGGAAUGGCACACAGAUAAGAAAUACAGAGAUAAGAGAGUGGCUAUCUGCAAGCAACACAACGAAGGCAAGCAUGAAUGUGACUCAGAGUCUGGCUUCUGUCCUGAUAAGUGUCCCUACACGAACGGCAGCUACCCUUACUGGAGAAUACGUAAUGCAGCGGAUGUUCCUUUCUUAUGGGUUGUAUCGGGCAUCAAGUUUUAUGACACCCCAACUUCCACUAAAGCGCUUAACGCUGAGCCUAAGAGAGGUUAUGCCAGCAGCUACUUUGGACCUGGAUAUGCUCCCAGUAUGGCAUUCGACAACAACCCCGAAAGCCUUUGGAUUUCCAACGGUGCUGCUCCUCCAGGCAUGCAGUGGAUUGCGUACGAAUUCCCGUACCCAGUCUUUGUCGGCUCGGUUCACAUCGCAUCAGAGGAGGACAAACCGGAUCGAAUGCCUUCACUGAUGUAAGUGGAGGCUUCUUGUGAGAAGUACUUCAGAAAUUUUGUCACUCAGUGGAUUAUUUUUAACCCUGAGCACAGCGUGAGCAAGAGAUAUAAUGUAUUUUCUAUGGCAAAGUUCACAACACUCGGAGCCACAGGCCGCCUGGGUCCCACAUCAGUAGGAACCUAUUACCAGGGUCAAGAUCACGAGGGUCAAGUGACUGUUAACAAGGGAAUCCAAAUGUGGAAGAUCCCAGCCACUGGAAUGUACACAAUUGAAGCUGCUGGAGCUGCUGGUGGAAAUGACAAGUUCACUUCAUCAAGCAAGCGUGGAAAGGGAGCUCGCGUAAAGGGCAAUUUUCAUCUGAAACGAGGGGAUGUUCUUAAGAUCCUUGUCGGUCAGGAGGGAGGAGUUAACUCUGUUUCCGGAGGAGCAGGGGGAGGAGGAGGAAGUUUAGUGGUCAAUGAUGACAACACAGCACUUUUAAUCGCCGGUGGAGGUGGUGGUGUCGAUAAAAUGAAGGGUGAGAGCCCGCGGUGUCAGGGGUCAGGCACCAGCGAUGGAAACGCAGGAUAUGGUGGUUCACAAUUCCAGGGAGGCACUGGAGGCAAGGGAGCUGAAGAAGGCGACAAUAAUUACUCUGGGGGAGGUGGUGGUGGAUUUGAGACUAACGGACGCUCAAACCAAAAUUUCGGAGGCGCUAAAGGGACAGGUGGUGAAGGAGGGAAAUCAUUUUAUAAAGGUGGUGUCGGAGGCCGAUCCAAUCAAAAUGAAGUGGAAGGUGGAUUCGGUGGCGGUGGCGGACCAAACGGAGCCGGUGGUGGGGGUGGUGGUGGUGGUGGCUACUCUGGGGGUGCUAGUGGUAGCCGAUCUAACUCCUGUGGGGGAGGUGGUGGAUCGUAUAACAGUGGUAAAGAGCAGUCCAACCAGGCUGGCUCUAACAACGGCGCUGGUUACGUCAUCAUCAAACUUCUCAACGUCAGAUAGUUCCAUAAUGGGAUUUUUUACGUUAGAAUUUUCAAAUGAAAGCAGUCGAGCUUUUUUUUCUUUUUUGAUCGCUUAGAAAUGACAGACAAUUCUUUUUACAUUAGGAUAGUCCCAAGAGAAAGAUAGUUUCUAAUCAUUUUGAAAUUUUAACUUUAACUUUGUUUUAAAUGAACAAUGAAGUGAUUCAAGGGUUCCACGAAAACGAAAUAAAUGCAAGUAGUCUUCAUAUCUUACCCACAUAACAGCUGAGUUAUGGUAAACUUCGCUGAAAAUUGCCUAAAUCGUACAUUGGAAAGAAAUGCAUGCAGGUUCAAAACAAUCACAAACGUCUUAUUAGUUCCCCAAUGCUAGAGACCCAAAUGAAUUGCUUUUUCCGGACCAGACAUAUUUUCUCUUUGAGGUCUAGAUGCUCUUUGUUCGAUUCAGAUUUUGACCACCGUGUUGUAAGAAAUUAAAAUUGUCGCAGAAUAGAAACAACACUCGCUCACCAGUAGAAAACUGGACAGAUUGCGGAAAUGUGAAAUAUCUGAAGGGUCUUCUUCUCUCUUUUAAAAACGUUUGAUUAUGGGGACUAACCAGUUCCCACGAUGCUUAGAGACAUUUUUGUCUAAUUUUUCGGUGCAAGUUUCUUACGCUUGUUCGGCCUUCUGAAUUGUCCAACAUGCCUUCUUACUACAGA